CCACAACAGCUGAUUAAUUUGACUCCAAAAAAGAAAACUACUACUCUCCCCUUCCAAUUCCAAACUUGUCGCUAGAAGAAGACAAAGAAAUGAUGUCCAGGAUAUCCCUAGUGCUUGUUCUUAUCUUCUUCCAUGCUGCGCUGUUGGUUCCCCAUCUGGUCUCGGCUGCAGAUCUGAAGGUGGGAUUCUACAAGUCCACCUGCCCGCUAGCUGAAACCAUCGUCCGUCACGUUGUGGAGAAGCGGCACAGCACCGAUAAAUCCAUUACCGCUGCUCUUCUUCACCUGCAAUUCCAUGACUGCUUCGUCAGAGGCUGUGAUGCAUCGAUCUUGAUAGACUCGACGGCCCAGAACCCGUCCGAGAAAGCAGCGCCUCCAAGCGCAACGGUCCGCGGCUACGACCUCAUCGACGACAUCAAAUACGCCCUCGAAUACGUCUGCCCGGCCCAGGUCUCCUGCGCCGACAUCCUCGCACUCGCCACCAGGGACUCCGUCGCCCUCGCCGGCGGACCCACCUACGACCUCCCGACGGGAAGGCUCGACGGCCUCGUCUCCCGCGCCGACCAGGUCAACCUUCCGGCGCCGACCAUGUCCAUCUCCCAGGCCUUCACGGGCCACUUCCACCCACUGGGCUUCACGCUCCCAGAGAUGGUCACGCUCCUCGGGGCCCACACCGUUGGGGUGGCCCACUGCUUCAUCUUCCAGGACCGGAUCUCCAACUUCAGCGGUUCGGGGAGGCCCGACCCGGCCAUGGACCCGGCCCUGGCCGCCAGCCUCCGGAAGACCUGCUCCGCCAGCGGGAGUCCGACGGCGUUUCUGGACCAAAACACGUCGUUCGCCGUCGACCGUUCGUACUUCAGGGAGUUGACCCGGAGGAAGGGGGUGCUGCGGUUCGACCAGGACCUGGCCAACGACCCGUCGACUUCAUCGGUUGUGUACGGAUUCGCGAGGGACGAGGCGAGUUAUAGGAAGAGCUUCGCGGCCGCAAUGGUGAAGAUGGGGAAUCUUAAAUCUGGCAGCGGCGGCGGUGAAGUGAGAAAGAACUGCAGGGUGUUUAAUAAGCCUAAGAGUUCUGACGUCGACGACGGGGUUUAAUAAACCAUUCACGAUAUAUAUGUUUGAAAUAUUUAAAAAUUAUUAUUAAUAAUAACAAAAUGUCCAACUAAUAUAAAUUUUUGUGUCUCAUGACAAAUCGGGUUAAACUAAAUUGUACGGUAUACAACUGGUUUUAAAUACAUUUGACACUAGUAA